ACCACUAACUUUCUUUUGAUUUUAAGCAGAAAAUGUCUCAACGUGCAAGGCAAAAUAAUACAACGUUGAUGUCCCAACCACCAAUAUCUAACUCUGAAAGAAAUCAACUACCAAGUCCACCAUCAAAUAAUUUCCCACAGUCCAGCCGAAAUAGUGAUUCAGAGCGAACUAUAUCCGCCUCACCAAAUGAUGUUCCAUCACCUCCAACUUCACCAAGCAACAUGCCCAUAGUACGCCCCAUUGGGAACAAUUUGUUUGAACCAUGGCGUGCAAAUAAAGUUAUCGAUUACGUAACUAAAAUAUUUCCAGAUGCUAUAAAAUCAUACAACGAUGCUCCUAUACAUAUGAAGGACGUAUGGUUUAAUGAAUUCAGGGUAACUUAUUUUAUAACUGCUAUUAGUAAAUUACUUUAUAACUACCAUAGGGAACUACUAAUAUAUACAUUUAAUAAUUUAUACCUUUACAAAUUACUUUAUACCUACUUUAUGCUCCAGAUGCUAUAA